CUGCUGCCCGGGAUGUCUCUGGAGCUCACCUUCCUGGGCACGGGCUCAGCUUUCCCGUCGCCGUGCCGCGGAGCCUCGGCGCUGGUGCUGCGCAGGGAAGGGCAGUGCUGGCUCUUCGAUUGCGGCGAGGGGACGCAGACACAGCUCAUGAAGAGCCACCUGCGAGCAGCCAGAAUUACCAAGAUUUUCAUCACUCACCUUCACGGCGACCACAUUUUUGGACUUCCUGGGCUGCUGUGCACGCUCAGCCUCCAGACGAGCCCUGACGGCAGCAAGGCACCCAUUGAUAUUUACGGGCCCCUGGGGCUGCGGAGCUUCCUCUGGAGGAGCCUGGAGCUCUCCCACUCCCAGCCCCUGCUGCCCUACACCGUCACCGAGCUGGUCCCCACGCGGGACCAGUGCCCCCCGGAAGAAUUUAGGGACUUCUCUGGCUUGGACCGAGACGAGGCGCUUGCCCAGGCGCCUCCAGGGAGAGUUCUGCACCUGGAUCCAGAAGAAGACUCCUACUUGCUGCUGGAGGAUGAGCAGCUGGUUGUCAGAGCCUUCCGCCUCUUCCACCGCGUGCCCUCCUUCGGCUUCGUGCUGGAAGAGAAGCCCCGGCCUGGGAAGCUCAAUGUGCGGAUGCUGCAAGAGCUUGGGGUCCCGCCAGGUCCCUUGUACGGGAAGGUGAAGAGCGGCGGAGUCAUCGUGCUGGAGAACGGGACGCGGAUACAGCCCGGCGACGUGCUGGGGCCGCCGGUUCCGGGCAGGAAGGUCUGCGUGCUGGGCGACUGCGCGGGGCCCGUGGGGCCGGGGGCCGCGCGGCUCUGCUGGGGCGCAGACCUGCUGGUGCACGAGGCCACGCUGGGGGACAGCCAGCGGGACAAGGCGCGCCAGCGCGGGCACAGCACGCCCGGCGCGGCCGCGGCGUUCGCCCGCGGCUGCCGCGCCAGGAGGCUGGUGCUGACCCACUUCAGCCAGCGGUACCGGCCCGGCGAGCCCCACGGCGGCCACGAGGAGCUCGGCGCGCUCAGGAGGGAGGCCGAGGCCGUGAUGGGGGACCGGGAGGUGACGCUGGCCGAGGACUUCAUGACCAUCGAGAUCCCAAUGAAAAACUGAAACACGAGGACUUUGUGACCACAGAGAUCCCAAUGAAACAGUGAAAACCAAGGACUUCCUAAUG